UGUAUGCAUCAUGGCGGCCACAGAGCAAGAAGAUGAUGAACAGUUUUUGUAUGGAAAAGGGAAAGAUGGAAGUCAAGCUAAACCAGAGGAAAGUGAAAGUAAACUAUCAGCUGAUGCACCAGAAUUUCAACCAGAGGCUACCAAGAAGAAACAGGAAACAGGAAAAGAUGGUGAACAAAGCAAUGAUGAAGAUGAUGAAGACGAAGACGAGGAGGAUGAUGAUGACGAUGAAGAUGAUGAUGAUGAAGAUGACGAUGAUGUUAAAAUUAUCAUCGGUGAUGUAAAUGCUGAUCCAAGCGCAUACAGUGCUCCCUACGGUCAUCCGGCAGUAAACUGGAAUUUUAAGUCAACAACUGGAAACACACCCGCCAAAGCUGCUGCGCCUGGAGCACCAGCAAAAGGUGUAAACGUUGAUUCUGUUGGUACCGUAAAUGGCGUGAAUAUUUAUGAAUAUGACCUGGAUACAGGCUCUGAAGACAAACCCUGGCGAAAACCUGGUGCCGACAUCACUGAUUACUUUAACUACGGGUUUACUGAAGACACGUGGAAGCAAUACUGUGAAAAACAAAGACGAUUACGUAUGGAUCUGAAUAUGCCAAAGAAAACGUUUGUAGUACAACCAGGCAUUCCUAGUUUCCCAGUACCUCCACCUGACACGAUUGUGUUACCCGAUGGAACAGUGAAAAAGAGAGCCGGUCCUCCUCCAGAGAGAAAACCAGAAGGCAGUAUCGAUGUAAUUGGUGGAGAAAAUUCAAGAGUUGAAAGUCGUCGCCGCCCAAACGAAGAUGAAAUGGCUCAUCAAAUUCAGGAAGGGAUGCCACCCCCACAACAUAUUCUACCGCAAGAUCACCCAGGACCACCAACAAUACAUCCUCCGAUUACAGAUCCCUCUGCACAUUUUAUUCGUCCUCCGGAAGGCCCAGCUACGUCACACCCACCUAAUGUAAACCCCAUCCCCCCUGGAAUGGCUAGAAUUCCAACAAUGAGGCCUCCAUUCAUGCAUGAUGCUAAUCGACCUCCCUACGGAUUUCCUCAUGCCAUACCCCGUAUGCAACCGCCUGGAUUUCAUCGUGAAAUGAUUAUACCUCAUGAGGGAAUGAUGCCACCCUUUGAUAUGGGUCGUGGCCGUGGUCGAGGGUUUCCUAUGCAUCCAGGUAAAAUCCCAAUUAUUCCACACGAUUUCUCUAUGGAUGACAGGCUGCAGGUUCCUAUGCUGGACGAAAAUGGGAUGUUUCCAGUUGGUCUUCCUCCCGGCAUGCCUUUCGAUCCUAUGAUGGCUCGUGGCUUUCCUCCGCAACACAGUGCGCCACGUGAUCAACGAGAUAGUCGCGAUCAACGAGAUGGUCGUGAUCAACGCGAAUCACGUGACCAACGGGAGCAACAACGAGACCAACGGGACACGCGGGACCAGCGUGACGGAGAGGGCGAGGAAGAUAAACGGAGCGAUGAUGAUAGUGAUGGUAGCGAAGAAGGAAGCCGGUCACGAAGAAGACGUGACAGAGAUCGUCACCGCGAUAGAGAUCCAGAUCGAAGGGACAGGGAUCGUAAACGUGAUCGGGAUCGUGACAGAGAUCGUGACAGAGAUCGUGAUAGGGAUCGUGAUAGAGAUCGUGAUAAGGAUCGGAGACAUCGUGAUAAGGAUAAAGACAAGUCAAGGAGAGAUGAUCGUGAAAGAUCAAGUCGAAGAGAACGAGACAGGUCACGUGAUCGUCGCGACAAAGACAAAAAGCGUCACAGUCGAAAUGAUGAGAGCCAAGAGGAGGGAGCUGAUGAAAGCGAUCAACCGAAGAAGAAAAAGAGCAGACGUUCACGCAAUGCGGAAUCUGAGGAUAAUAAAGACGAGAACGUUGAAUCUAAAAGUACUGAAGAGUAGCAACCUCAGUAAUGUUCCUUGUCAUGUACGGCAUUCAUUGCUGCCUGCUCACGCCCGUUGCCAUUGGAAACUAACACUGAUCUUACUAACACUGUACGCGAAUACGAAAUCAUAAAUUCAAAACUCACAUAAACAUUAUGCAGAAAAUCGCGGUACGUUCAAGCUUUCGGAAGACUGUGCAGGCGAUGCGAAAACGCGGGUGUAACGGUAUUUUAACAAGUUCGAUGUACAGUGUUGUAAGCGAUUACCGUGCAUUUCUAAAUUGGCAUUUAGCCUACAGCCGAUGUCGUGUGUAAAUAUACUUCUAUUUCAUAAAAAAAUACCAUAGACGUAUUCUAUAUAGUUUUUAAUAAUUCUUUGUGUGUGAGAGGUUGUCAAGUCCUCAGUUCAAAGAUUAUA